AUGGCUGCGACAGUUCUCAUUCUAUCGCCGUUUGAGCCAGCUGCUUUGGGCCGCUUUAGCAGCACUUGUUCAGUGCCGUCGACGUAGAGUUCAUCCCGCCGGCAUGCGCGACCCCAGCUCACAAUGCUGUUGCCAGCCCAUGCUGGAUGAGUUCCAGAAGUCCAAGUUCGCGUUGCACCACGAUGAGCCCGGUGAUUUCUGUCGCUCCCAAUGGCAGCGAGGCGAUCGCUCCAUCAUCUGGCUUCUCUAUCGCUGGCUCUUUGCAGCCUUCUUUGCUGGCGGUGUCCUGGCCAGUUGUAUUCAGCACUUCAACGAGGGCACCUGGUUCAUCUAUCUGACGGAUUGGGGCUUCGUCCUGUGCUUCUAUGCCUGCACCUAUGGCGCUGUUGUGGCCACCAUAUACUUCAUUAGGCCCAGCUACUUUGAACCCGGUAGUUGGGCUCUGAAGAUCUAUUGGGCUUCGCACUUUACAACCACAGUGCUGGCUUUGAUGAUAACCUUGGUGUUUUGGACAGCGUUAUAUCCUAGCAUGGCUGGUGGUCCAAUUGGAUUGUACAAUCUUUGGGCGCAUGCCUUCAAUUCCGUUUGCAUGCUCAUCGAUUGUUUCGUGGUCGCCUUUCCUACGCGCCUCAUGCACUUCAUCUAUCCACUAGUCAUUGGACUGACCUAUGGCAUAUUUUCGCUCAUCUAUUACUUUGCUGGCGGCACAGACUAUGGUGGCAAUCACUUUAUCUACUUCAUUCUGGAUUGGGAGAGGCCCGGUUUGGCCAUUGGCAGUGUUUGUGGCUGCAUUGUAUUGGCCCUAAUCUUUUGCGUUAUGGUCUUCUGGAUCUACCGCUUCAGAAUAUGGAUCUAUGAGCGAUGCGUUCAGCCCCCAACGGAAGUAAUGCAAACUCGAGAGGCUCCGGAGAAAGUGCAACGCGUUUAAGUAACUGUUAGUUGAAUAAGUUAAUAAACAAGUGAUAAAAUCGGGGAA